AUGGCCCCCAACAAACACGAUCAUCGCUACGAUGCCCUUCCCCCCAUCCCGACCUACGAUGAAGCCAUUGGUGGCAAUAGCCGAUCCGCCCUUGAUGGGACCGACCACGACCGCACCGCUGCUUCGCCCUACGAUGCGCACAACGACAGUGAUUACGACUCCGAUGGCCUUCCCAACACCCGUGGCAGCUCUGGCGCCACUCACGGUGCGGCGCGUUCGCAACGAAGGCCGGGUGGCUACCGACCGCCCACGGUCGAGACUGAUGACGAGGACUCGGGCUCAGAGGCUGGAGCAGAGGAUGACCUAGUGCGGAGGGAAAUGCAAGAGCUGGAAAUAGACGACGGCGCAAGCACCCGCUCAUCGUUAUGGUCAAAGCGGAUACCAUUCUCGUUAUCUCUCCCGCAAUGGAGGUGGUCUUGGCGCUGGCGAUUACCAAAACUACCAUCCAUACGACUGGGCGAAGGCGCGACUGGCGGAAGCAGCACGGACAAUGAGACGCCGAGAUGGCGUUGCUUCCCAGGACUAGACUCCACCGCAACAUUCCUCUUGGUCGGGCGUGUCCUGGCCAUCCUGGUCGUCAUGGGUUUCCUCUGGCUCUUGCUCAUGAGCGACCUCUUCUCCAAUAUGACUCGGCGCCUAGGCGGCGGCCAGAUGUUCGAUCCCGAAAGUGUCCGCAUACAUGUGCAAAGCAGUGUCGACCGAGCACAGAUACGGGAGAAUCUGAAGCACUUUACCUCAUAUGCACAUGUUGCUGGGUCCGAAGGGGACUUUGCCCUGGCAAUGGACACCAAGAACAUGUUCGUCCAGUACGGGCUGGAGGAUGUGACCGUCGACGAGUACUACGUGUACCUGAACUACCCGACGCCCGACGGGAGAGGGGUGGAGAUCCUUGACUCCGACGAGAAACCUGUGUGGGCAGCAAAGCUGGAAGAAGGAGACACGGGUGGCGAAUCCGCUGGCCACCAGACAUACGCUUUCCACGGGCAUUCGAAAUCAGGAACCGUGCAGGGGCCACUGAUCUACGCAAACUACGGCUCACGGGAAGACUUCAGGAAGCUUUCCGACAUUGGGGUUGAGACAAAAGGGGCGAUCGCGCUUGUCAAAUACUACGGGACACAAGGUGACCGCGCGCUUAAAAUCAAGGCCGCAGAGCUGGCUGGCUUCGUUGGCUGCAUCAUUUACAGCGAUCCCCGAGACGACGGCUUCCUUCGCGGCGACGUCGCCCCCGAUGGCCGCUUCAUGCCUGCGGAUGGCGUGCAGCGCGGCGCUGUGAGCUUGAUGAGUUGGGUGGUUGGUGACGUAUUAACCCCCGGUUGGGAGAGCAAGCAGGGCCUGCCGCGACUGAAGCCCGAGGAAUCCUCGGGGCUUGUGAACAUCCCGAGCUUGCCUCUGGCAUGGCGCGAUGCCCAGGUGCUGCUGCAGCACAUAAACGGUUAUGGUCUGCCGGCCCCGGAUGGGUGGGAGGGCGGGGUCCCGGACAUCGGCGAGUGGUGGACAGGCAACCUGUCUGGGCCCGUCGUGCGCCUUAGGAACGAGCAGGAUGAGCGCGCGGACCAGCCAAUCUGGAAUGUCUACGGCCGCAUCGUAGGUAUCGAACAGCCCGAGAAGUCCAUCAUCAUCGGCAACCACCGUGACGCAUGGUCCUAUGGCGCUACAGACCCUGGUUCUGGCACAGCAGUCAUGAUGGAAUUGGCCCGUAUUUUCGGAGACCUACUUGAACGCGGCUGGCGGCCAUUGCGCACAAUCGAGUUCAUGUCCUGGGACGCCGAGGAAUACAACCUGGUUGGCUCGACCGAAUUUGUCGAGAACAACCUCGAUGGCUUGCGCAAAGACGGAUACGUUUACAUUAACGUGGACACGCCCAUCGGCGGCGAUGAGUUCCACGCCUCGGGAAGCCCGGUCUUCCAAAAGAUAAUCUACCGCGUCAUCGACCGCAUAUACGACCCGAAUCACAAUACCACACUCCGGGAGCUAUGGGACCGCCGUAGCGGCGAGCUGGAGGGCCUUGGAGCUGGGAGCGAUUAUGUCGCUUUUCAGGACAUCGCCGGAACCUCGUCUCUAGAUUUGUACUUCCAAGAGUCUGAUGGCCUGCCGAGCCACCCGUACCACUCCAGCUACGAUAACUUCGAUUGGAUGGAACGUGUCGGUGAUCCAGAUUUUGUGUACCACGGCAUGCUAGCCGAGCUCAUGGGGCUCGUCAUCCUGGAACUCUGUGACCGACCAGUUCUACCCUUCGACAUGGCGGCAUAUGCCAAUGCGCUUUACAAAUGGACCAACGAGCUAUCUGACUGGGCGGAGAAGAAGGCUGCCGACCAAGGUCAGCGGGGCUCGCUCGACAUGGACAUCCUCAAGAAGGCCGUACUUGACACGAUUGACGCAGUUGGGGGUUUUCAGGACUGGGAGCAGGUGUGGCAAAACAGCGUCCUGGCCGCCAACGGGUGGGAGCCGAUCGGCUUAGGCCAGAAGAGGACGGAGUAUAAUGACCACAUGGCCAACUUCGAGACCGACCUGCUUGAUCUGGCUACUGGUGGCGGUAUUCCCAACCGGACUCAGUUCCGACACGUCGUCUUCGGCCCGCAGCUCUGGUCUGGCUACGACGAGGCCUUCUUCCCCGCCAUUCGUGACGUCGUCGAGAGCGGCAACUGGACGCUGGCCAACCUGACCGUUGAGAAGACAGCCAACAUCAUCAGGAACGCUGCCACCUCACUGAGGGACUGGUCUUAG